ACGCCCGGUGGAGUAGAGCUACGUCUGCGACGGCUGCACAAAGGACCUCUGGCUAUCUGUUGUGAUUAAAGCGUCCUAGAAUAGUUUUUUUUAGCAUUUAAAGAUGCUUUCAGGGUCUACUGAGCAAUGAUGACAAUCAUCAAUAAGAAAAAUACUGUCGCCUCUCGCCUUAAUUGAUUCUAGCGUCAGAAUCAUUUUUCAGUUUUACCUUUCACAAUCAGGCAGCUGAAUGGAGCAGCAGCACCAGCGGGGUCUAUGGAGCUUCACCCCGGCCUUGUCUGCAGCCUGGGGGGCUGGGCUCUCCACCGGGGAGCCCACCAUGCGUCUGUGUAUUACCUCGACCACCGGCAGCCCGGUGGAGCUCUCGGUGCCCCGAGGAGAGACUGUGGAGGAACUGAGGACACGUAUCUCCCUAAAACUCAGACUGCAAACAGACAGAAUUGUCCUCCUGCAUAAGGACAGGAAACUGACAACAGGAAAACUCCUGGACCUCGGUGUAGCAGAUGGCAGCAAAUUAACCCUGGUCCCCGUCAUCGAAGCUGGUUUAGUAUGUUCGACUGCCAGAGCUGAGAGGACUAUGAUGGACACUUUGGAAAGUUUAACAGAAGUCCAGAUCAGUGACUUCCUGUCUGGGCGCUCACCUCUCACCAUUAACCUGGGUUUUGGUGCCAACAUGAUGUCCUUGCAGCUCCAGCUGUCUGCACAGGAUGUGAAAGAGCUGCAGCAGGACGGCGAUGUGAGAGUCAGGAGCAGCAGCAGCAGCAGCAAGCAGCAAAUUGUCCUGCCGACGACUGGCAGUAAGAGCGACCCUGGCUCUGCCUUGGCCCGGUCAUCCACCAACACCACGGGGUCUGCUGCAUCACCUGCUUCACACACCUCUACUGCUGCUGACUCCACAACCCAACGUAGUGCUCAAACACCCAAAACUUCAUUUAACUCAACAGCUCCUACCUCCCACUCAUCCAUCAUCAACCCUGCUGUAAACUGCCAUCACCGCUCAUCUUUGUAUCAAUCCUGUCCUCCCAACCCUAUAUACACAUCUUCCUCUCUUCUGUCAACCCCUUCUUUACCCUCUGGCUGUCCACUACAAGCAACUACACCAGUUUGUUCACCUACUCCCACUGCCUCCAGUCCUGGACCCCAGAGCCCAGAACCAGCUUCACCCUUCACUAAGAGUAAUGCUCAUGCCUCAUCCGCUGCAGAGCUGUGCAAGCAGCCAGGAGCAGUCAUAGAAAGUGUGAGCCACUCUCCUGGUGUCUUCUCCGGGACUUUCUCUGGCACUCUGGCUCCUUGCAGUGACAGUGGUAGCAGGCAUCCUCGGCGUGGCAUCACCAUCAUUCUCCACAUUCUUAAUGACCUCCUCAGAGCUGCCUACUACCACCAGGGGGCUUCACCCACCCUUCCUCAACACCACUGUUCUGCUUUAAAUCUUUCAGUUAGCCCAGUGCUUGCAACAGAGGAGUCCGCCAUAGCAAGAAGCAAACCACUGGUGACCCAGAGGGCAGGGCACUUCAGUAAAGCUCCAGGUGAGGAGAGUCACUCCCUCCACUCAUCCAUGCAGGAGAAUCAAACUUUACACUGUAAACUAGAGCACCUCCAGCUUUUGAUGCAUCAGAGGCGUCUGCGCAGGAGGACUCGUAGGAACUCACACCUCUCAUUAACGUCUCACCCAUACCAGCAUAGCCCCUAGCCUCCUGAACAGGUAAUAUACCUUCACUGUGAUUGCUGUGGCAGCUUUCUGAUAAGUGAAGGCGCCUCCCUCUGCUGACCAAGACACUCAAGGUACUAGAGUUUUCUGAGAUGAGGAUGCUUUGUUGCUGUUUUCACACUGUGAGCACUUCUGAAGAAUGUAAGCUGAAAAGAUCAGAGAAAUCUGAUUCUUGGCUGUUUCUAUACUGAUCAUGUUAUUUUAUCUGAAUGUGUUCCUCAAUGACAGUGGUUCUCACUGUUACAAUAUGUAGCAUGCAUCACAAAAAGUUCAAAGUUCAUGUUAUACAUUUUGAUGUUGUAUGCAGACAUGUUUAUGUAUUCCAAUGCCUUAAAUGUAUGAAUGUAUUGAAUGUAAACUUUUUUUCUGUGCAGAGGAUUUUCUUUUAAAAUGUUUUACUUAUGCAAUAUUAACGUGAAAAUACA